AGACUCACAGAGUAUAGUAAUACUUACAGAAAUACAGAGUACAGAUGUUGUCGAUUGGUUUUUAAAAUUAAAAUUAGUAUAAAUUAUUUUAAAGUAUAAACUUAUAUAUCUUUAUUUAACAUUUAGUAAGGGAAUUUAAGAAACAGUUUGUAUAAACCAUCGUAUUAAACGAAAACGACAUGGCUGGCCCUAUAGAAAGGAUUCAAGUUCUUGAUGAGAUUGAAAAAGAUAUCAUUACAUGUUUACAAUGUGCUGCUCAAGCUUUGUUGGAGUUGGGUAAAGAAAGAUCAAGUCAAAAACAAGCUGAGAGUAAUACGUCUCAAUUCCUUAGAACUUUAAAUCAAGUGGAAUCGAAACUAAGCGAUCAAAUAAACUAUUUGACUCAAGUGUCUACUGGUCAACCUCAUGAAGGCUCAGGAUAUGCUUCACAAAAAGUACUUCAAAUGGCUUGGCAUCGCCUUGAACAUGUGCGUUCUUGGGUAAAUGAACUGGAAAGACACAAAGCAUCUCACUUAGCUGCAGGAAAUAGAACAACUCCAGGAGUAUUAAAUGGUAAUAUGCAAUCAUCUGGCACAAGUACUCAGUAAGAAGAUCUACUUUAAAUCAUAAGCUGUCUGUGUUUAUGAUUAUAUUAAUUUACAAAUAUUAAGUGUUUAAUUUAUUUUUAAUAAAUCUAUCAACUGAC